GUUUGUUUGUUCAAGGCAGGCCAUUCUAUGAGAGCGAGCCAUGGAAGUGGGAACGGGCGUCAUGGCAUCCCUGCUCCCCAAGCUGGAUGAGCUCCUCAACGAGAAGUACAAGCUGCAGACGAGCAUCAGGGAAGACGUCGAGUAUCUCUCCCGAGAGAUGAAGAGCAUGCACGCUGCCCUUCGCAAGGUGGCAGAGGUUCCGCCGGACCAGCUCCACAAGCAGGACAAGCUCUGGGCAGGGGAGGCCAGGCAGAUGUCCUACAACAUGGAGGUUCUCCUUGACAAGCUUCUUAUGGGAGCCCCCAACUCAGACGGCUCUAUGGGGCACAUGGAAAAGAAGUGCAAUUGGUUCAAGAAAGGCAAGCUUCGCCAUGAGAUAGGGGACACAAUCAAGCACAUCAAGUCUCACAUCCGAGAGAUCGACCGUCAACGUGACCGGCAUAGGGAUUCUGAUGUUACUAAUUGUAGAGGCCCUUUUCCUUGUUUGCGAGCUAUGUACACGGCAGUGCCACAACUUGUCGGCAUUGAUGGGGAAAAAUAUCAAGAGCUCAUGAAGUUACUCUCAGAUGGGGACAACGUGCCCAGCAAAAAGCUAAAGAUAGUCUCUGUUGUUGGAUUUGCAGGAUUGGGCAAAACUACUCUCGUCAAAACAGUGUAUGACAAGAUCAAAAGUGGUUUCGACUGCGGAGCUUUCGUUUCAGCCAGUCAGAAUGCUGACGUAAAGAAGGUUCUCCUGGAUAUCAUCCUUCAUCUCGACAUGAACGGAAGUCAGCUCAACACACUGGACGAACAACGGCUCAUCACAAAACUUGGGGAACUCCUUGAGAACAAAAGGUACCUCAUCGUGAUUGAUGACAUAUGGAAUGAAAAUCUGUGGGGAAAUAUCAAGCAUGCAUUCUCCAAUAAGAACAAUCUUGGCAGCCGAAUAAUCACUACAACCCGCAUAGUCAGUGUAUCUAAAGCAUGCUGUUUCUCCGCAAAUGAUUCAGUGUAUCAAAUGGAACCUCUGUCAAAUGAUGACUCCAAAAAACUCUUGUAUGAUAGAAUAUUUGGUUCUGUGAGUGGAUGUCCUCACGAAUACGAACAAGUAUCUAUUGAUAUCUUGAAGAAAUGUGGCGGGGUACCUUUAGUCAUCCUUACUACGGCUGGUAUGUUGGCUAGUGAUCACCAGGUCAAACCGGAUGAAUGGCAUGUCUUGCUCAGUUCUAUUGGUCAUGGCCUUAUACAAGAUCCCUGUUGGGAGGAGAUGCUAAGGGUACUAUCCUUUAGCUACUAUGAACUUCCGCCACAUCUGAAGACUUGCUUAUUGUACUUGAGUAUAUUCCCUUGGGCUCUACCAAUUAUAAGAGAUCGGCUGGUGAAAAAAUUGGUAGUGGAAGGGAUUGUUACUCAGGAGACUAAGUUGAUUGGAUCACCGAACAAAAAUGAGGCUAGGCUGAGUAGGGAGAUUAGUCGAGAGGAGGUAGCAAGACAGUACUUGGAUGAGCUUGUCAAUAGGAAUGUUAUUCAUCCCCUCAAAUGCAACAACCACGGUGAGGUAAUAAGCUACCAUAUCCACCCUAUGAUGCACGGCCUCCUUAAAACCAUAGCCAUAGAAGAGAACUUUGCUGCUUUAGUUGAUCUCGAACAUAGUUCAGAGGAAUAUUCUGACCGCCUGACAGGCAGCACUUUCCCUCAAGUCUCUAUUAACUGUCCGGAUUCAGAAAAUCAAAUUGAUUUAUCCAUUAUGCCAUCUCGUGCUGGUGUUCGCUCCUUAACUAUUUUUGGUCAUGCAAACCGAACUCUGUUUAGGUACUUUGAAGGUAUACGACUUUUGGAUUUAGAAGGCUGCAAGAGCAUCGAGAGAGCUGAUGUUGAGUACAUAUGCAGUAUGUACCUGCUGAAGUGGUUGUGCCUUGCAAAAACGCAAAUCACAGAUCUCCCCCCAGAAAUAGGUAACCUGCAAUGUUUGGAAGGCCUAGAUGUAGGAGGGACUCAAAUCAGCCAGCUCCCACCACAAAUUGGAAAACUUCUGCGUCUGAAGACUCUCGAUGCAAGGAAGUCACGAAUUCAGGAAAUACCGGAUCAAGUUGUCCGGCUCACAGGGCUGGUCCAUCUGCUUAUUGGUGACAAUGAAUCCUGUGAAGGAGUGAAGUUACCUGAUGGAUUUGGGAAGAUGGCAUCACUGGAGCAACUGGGCACCAUUGAUUUGAUGAAAUGUUCGGCAUCCUCUCUGGAGGAGCUUGCUGAAAUCCCUCAUCUUAAAGAGAUUGCAGUAGUGGGAAGUGAUGAUCCAGAAGACACAAGAAUUAAGAAUGCUUUUUUUUCUUUCCUCAACAAGUCCAUCAAGCAGAGAUCCCUGGUAGUUUAUACUGAUUUCAGAGUGAACACACUACAGUCAUCAUCACCGAAUAAAUAUCUCAACUACUGGAAGAAACAUACCAUGCUAAGAUUCUUGAAGGUCCCGAUUUGUAUUGCAGGGCAACAUCUUCGUAUGCUUCAUAUCAGGGUCUGCAAGCUAGAGGAGGAUGAUGUGAAGAUACUGCAAGGGCUGCCUAGAUUACAGUGCCUCAUCGUGCGGCUUGAACUCCUCCCAACAAAAAUGAUACACAUCAGCUGUGAAGGGUUUGCAAAACUUGAGAGUUUCUAUGUUGAUUGCCGAAUGCCAAGGGUGAUAUUCGAGGAAGGAGCUAUGCCAAAGCUGGAUCGACUUGAGCUCAAGCUGUACGCUGGAUCAGCUAGUGAUGAACAUAUGGGCAUCAACCACCUCCGAAACCUUCAAAAGGUCACUCUCCGGUACUCCAAAUGGUAUGCAGCCAACAAGGGCGUCAGGGAGACAACUGAAACCGUGAAAACUGAGUGUAUGGAGCACCAGAACCAGAUCAGUCUCUGCGUCGCUGAAGAGGACAAAGAUGGUAACUGCACCAUGGAGACUGAGAUUUUUCAAGAGAACAGAGUUGCUAGUUCCACUAAGAUGACUGAGAUUGCAGAAGAAGAAGACACACAAGAGGGAGGCAGGACCAGCGAGAUCGAAGAAGUUGUGGAGUAGCUUAAUGAAGCUUUAAUAUUUAUCACUCUCUCAUUGUUGUAGCCGUGCAGUGCCAUCUAAAUUUGUAUAAUUGCUUCAACCAAUCGCAUGUCGAGUUUAUGCCUGUUGUUUCCAAUGUUCAAUUUCCCAAACAUUUGGCAGACGAGAGACCUGGUAUUUAUUCCUUUACAUUUGGACUCAAUAAUUGUUCAUUUAUCAAAACGUGAUUGUAUUUGUCAAUACAUUUGUCUCUUGUACCUAAAUCCUGGAAUGUGUAUGCAGUGUAUGUACCUUCUGAGUUAUGGCAACUUGGGCAAGUGCUGCAUUUGACGACUUUGUGAUAACAUAUUAAUAGUAUUGUGAGCCCAAAGAUCAAGGAUUCAGAAGUCAUGGAGGGUAAUCAGCUAAUGGGGAGUGACGAAGCUAAAUGCUGCCGGUGCGAUUUGCCGGGAUGCACCAAUGGCAGGUUGUUGUUCAUUGCUGCGAGCAUUAUGGUGUUCCACGGAGUGUUAAAGACUCGAGAGAUCCUCCUGCACUAGAAGGGGAUGCCCUGCAACGAGGGGUCUGUCUGAUGUCUGAACUCUGAACCCGGCUCGACGUCCUUGCUGCAACCUGAGUCUGCAUCGAUGCUAGCUGCGCGUGACCUCUGGCGCUCCUCCUUGCGCCGGCGCCGGCGGGUACAUCAGCCGCGGUGCGGCCGGCCGCUCCGCUGCCGUACGGUUGAGGGUUCCACCGGCCAGAUCGAUUGCGUCCCUUACUAACUCCGGCGACGUACAGCAUCCAGGAUGAAACUGAUGAAACUUUAAGAACCCUUUUGGGAUUCCUUAUUGUCUGCUCUAGUUUGUGGCGUGGGAAGAUGAGACUGAUGUACUAGGACUAAGCGUCCCUUUCCCGCCUUCCGUUGGAUGACCACACACACCUUCAGUUUCGUCAGUUACACUUUGCUCUGUUUCCUCUGCUUCUCUUUCUUUGCCUCAGACGCAUCUGAAAACUGGGGAGUUUGAGUUGUGGCACAUCGCGGCGAGUCCUACAGUGCUUGUGAUUGACGGAGCGAAGAACAGAUCCUCCUAUUCUAUGCCACAAGGGAAUGGCAUGCAAACUGACACUUGAAGUCUCAGCUCUGAACCUUCAUGUCCGACAUUCUUCGGUUUUCAACUUGCUGCAACCUGAGUCUGCAUCAUCAAAAUUCAAAACUCCUUCCCCUCUUCCUUGCGCGGCGGUUCCGCUGCCGUCCGGUCGCGGGUUCCACCGGCCCGAUAGACCGUGUGGCUCGCUACUCCGGCGGCGUAAGGCAUCCACCGGUCCCAUCUCCCUGGCCCUAGGUCGCAUCACAGUAGACGGAGAGAAGCAGAUGAACGGUAGGGGGAGCAGGUGUACCGUGGAUUCGCCGUCUAAGACCGCCGUUGCCGCCCCUACCUGCGCCUGCCUUCGAAGUCACCGUCUCCGUCGCCGCCUCCGCCGAGCGAGCUUUUAGUCAGCGGGAGUUGGUCGAGGAGUCGCUCGCCUCGACUCGGUCGAAGGAAGGAGCCACAUGGGCCCAUGCU